AGUACGGGUGUGGACUACAUCGUUGACUGUAUACCUGAACUGACGGCAAAUAAUGACAGAUCUAGUGCUGUCUUGUUGCUGGGCACGCAUAGUGGAAGCCUGCAGCUGCGACUCUGUCCUGACCAAAGUGCAGACACUCACACACUUGCCAGUUUGGAAGGAGGUCACACAACAACUAUCCGGUGCUCUGUUUGGGACCCAAAGACACAUACAUUGCUGACCGGAGGAGAGGACUCUUUGGUGUGUUUGUGGUCAGCAGAUCCUUCUGUCCAGUUCUUGGCAAGAAGCAACAAGACAGAUUCAGCGGUUAAGAUGAAAAACAAAGUUAGCAUCAGUGAGCACACAAAGAAACCAUACAGCAAGAAGCAAAAGUCAUGA